GAAGAAGAAGCCGAUAAGGCAACAGCAACGUCGACUGCGCGACAUUUAUAACCAAAAAAAAAAUAAAUAAAUAAAUAAAAAUAAAACGAAUAAGAGUAAAAGACAUAAAAGAAGAACAAACAAGCUAAGAAAAGCCUCUCGCACACGUUGCUUCAUGCAGAUUGUUCAAACAUCAGACCGGGCGUCAUACAACCCCCGCCAACGUGCAUCAUCACGUUCGUCAUACACCGUCAGUCCGUCUCAGUCCAUCCGAAAAUAAUGGUGGGACCGGGCCCGUUGCUGGUACCGUCCACGUCCUCGUCAUCGGGUGGUGGUGCCACCACAACCACCACCCCUGCCCCCGCUACCAAUCCAUCAGUCUCGGUGGUGGGCGGGGCCAGUCACACACUGUACGACGAACGCGAGGUAAUGGAGGAGUUCAUCAGCUGUUAUCGCCACUUCACGGCCCUGUGGGACAGCACCAGUGUCGACUAUCUAUCCAAGUUCAAAAAGGAGCCCGGCUACCAGGAGCUCCUCAAAAUCCUGCGACGCAUCAACGGCGACUCCUCCGUUCAGGAUGUCAAGCGGAAGAUCAACUCGCUGCGAUGCUGCUAUCGCCGGGAAAUCAAAAAGGUCCAAUCCUCGCAGAACGGCUACCAGCCCCGACUCUGGUGGUAUCAUCUGAUGGACUUUCUGAAACCAGUUCUGCACAUCCAGUCACCGGUACGCGUCAAAUCCGAGAGCCUGGACGACAGUCUCGACGAGACCAGCAUCAAUGAUGAUGACAUCUUUCAGGACAAUUUCCCCAUUGAAGAGGAUGCCUUGGGCAUAGAGGGCGUCAGCGAAGUGGAUCACGAUCCGGAUCAUGAAGUGGAUCCCGAACCAGAUCCCGAAUCUGAAUCAGGGCCUGGCAAACUGGACGAUUAUCCGAAUACGUCAUCCGUUAAUCUCAAGAGUGGUCCGUAUUCGUUGCAUCAUCGCCGAUUGGCGGAUAAAUCCGUACGGAUUGCCCCAAGAAUCCGGAGGCAUAGUAGCAACGAUAGCGAUUACGGGGAGAAUGAUGCGAAACGUGGCAGGAACGAUGACAUUCCGAUGGAAAGAGAACGCGAAAGGGUCAGAGAAAGGGUCAGGGAUAGAGAUAGAGAAAGGGUGAGAGAGAGAGAUAGGGAUAGGGAUAGAGAGAGUGACAACGAGUGCGAUUUAAUCGGUAAACGGAUGGCCGCCCACUUCCGGAAUAUGCGUCCGGAGCAGCGACUCUACGCCGAACGGAUCAUCAGCGAAGUGCUCGUCUACGGCCGUAUGAAUCGUCUCUCAAUGAAGGCCCGCUUCAUCCCGGAAAAUGAUAAAUGA